AUGGUCCUGCUGGGCAUCGUGUUUUUAUCUGUGUCUCUUCUGUUCCAGAAACAGUCCCCUACCAAUCCCACGCUCUUCAACCUCGUAAGGGAUGUCAAACAGGGUAAUCUCCCCCCUAACUACAAGAUGACCUUAAUUGACAUUGGCCUGGUGAUAGAGUACCUGAUGGGCGGGACUUACAGGUGCAACUACACCAGGAAACGCUUCAGGAUCAUCUACAACAAUCUCCAUGGCAACAGCAGGAGGUCAGGUCGCCACUCUGCAGGGCCUGGGUCCCACCUGAGGAAGAGUCAAGAGUCGUUCAGUAUCCAGGCCGACAAGAAGGAGAAGACCAGACACAACCACUUCAUCAAGACAGCACAGCCAUACAAACCCAAGUUGGAGUCGGCGACAGACCAGUCCAAGAAAAAAGCCAAGGAGGAGAUAGUUGACAUCGAUGACCCGGAGACACGCAGGUUCCCGUACCCGUUCAAUGAGCUGCUGAUGUGGGCCGUCCUGAUGAAUAGGCAGAAGAUGUCUCUGUUCUUCUGGCAGCAUGGGGAGGAAAGCAUGGCCAAGGCCCUGGUGGCCUGUAAACUCUGUCGCUCCAUGGGCUAUGAGGCCAAGAAGAGUGGCGUGGUCGACGACACCUCCCAGGAACUCAAGGACUACUCCAAUGAAUUUGGCACCCUAGCAGUGGACCUCCUGGAGCAGUCAUUCAGACAGGAUGAAACCAUGGCGAUGAAACUGCUGACCUACGAACUGAAGAACUGGAGUAACAGCACCUGUCUGAAGCUGGCCGUGUCGUCGCGGUUACGACCCUUCGUGGCUCACACCUGUACCCAGCUGCUGCUGUCAGACAUGUGGAUGGGACGACUCAACAUGAGGAAGAACUCCUGGUACAAGGUGAUCCUCAGUAUCCUGGUGCCGCCUGCAAUCCUCCUGUUGGAGUACAAGACAAAGGCAGAGAUGUCCCACAUCCCUCAGAGUCAGGACGCCCAUCAGAUGACCAUGGAGGACAGCGAACACAACUUCCAUAACACCACCGACAACAUACAGAUGGUCAGAAUCAAUAUGAGUUCAUCUCAUCUAUUUUCUUUUCUUAUCUUACUGUGUCUGUUCUGGCAAGUACACUGGUGCUACUGGUAUUAUGAGGGUCCUGGGGUUUAG